AUGGCUAGACGGACUGCAUUAGCGUCUAGCAUAGUCAAGUGCGUAACCACGGUAGUCAGGACCGAUGGAGGGGGGGAACAACCUACAAUGGUUGCGGUGCGGGGCACCGCAACUGUUGCCAACGCUCAUUGCAAUAUUCUCAUUGCUCAUCACAUGCAUCGAUCACUCUUGAUAACUCGCAGGAGCUCUGGGAGCCUUGGAGUGCUCCAGUUUCCUGAUGGGUAUAGGCAGCUUGCAAGCGAACGCCGGCUAUACACCCAUGCACGCCAGGCAAAGAGGGUGCCGGUCGCGUACGAUAGGUUCAACGAGUUCGCUCUCAUUGUUGGGGCCCAGUUGAAUCCGAGCUUGGCACCUGGCCUCAAUAAUAGUUGCGCGGGCCAGGGUGUCAGCAGUACUGCUAAGAUCAAGCUCGCGAAGCCCACGAAUCGUGGCUCAAUCGUAGACCAGCUAACUAAGCUAAGCAAAACCGCCAUGCUGCUGUCUAAUUACGUAUGCGAUCCACGAAAUCAUAUUGCUGAUACGGCGAGUACUACAGCACACAUUAUUCUCGACAUCGUCCACAUGCGGCUUUGGAUGAUAAUUCGGUCUAGCGAUCCACCUCCGAAGAAUCGGCAUUGGGAUUCGAAACUAAAAGGGGCCAAAUAA